AUGAAUGAAAUGAGCAUGCUCGGCUUUUCGAUUAUGUUCACCGGCUGUGUUGUGCUGCUCGGUUUCGUCUUCCUACUACGGAUCAUCGCGUCGAAGAUCCAACGCCGCGAUCAAGACCCAACGCGUGUUGAUGCCGAGCUCAAGUCUAUUGUGGAUCAAAAAAAUGGCAAGUUCCAAAUUGUUGCCGUUCAUGGUUUAGGUGCGCACUAUGAGCACACAUGGAUCCGCAAAGUCAAGGAGGCUGGCAGCGAGAAAGACGUUCAUCUUUUGAGGGAUCUGCUACCUACUACUUUCCCUACAGCCGUCAUUCGUAACUUUAAGUACAAUUGUGAUUGGCUUGUAAAUGCGCCUGUCCAGACGUCUGAAGACAUUGGCCGUAGGUUGCUCGACCUUCUUGAGGAUCACAAAGAAAAGAAGGACCUACCGAUCAUCUUCAUCGGUCACAGUUUCGGUGGCAUCGUCAUAAAACAGGCUUUGUGCAUUGCACAACAUCGUGGCCAAGAUACCCUAAAGAAUACAUGCGGUAUAUUUUUUCUCGGAACACCUCAUCUAGGGUCAUCGACCUCCAUUUUUGGAUACUACAUGGCACGCAUGACUAGCCUUCUUGGCUCAGAUACUCGUCUCUUACUGUCACUAGAGAAGCACUCUGAGCACCUCGCGGACCUUAUGGAACGAUGCCAGUUCUUACAACCAUCCGAAAGAACUCAAAGCUUACCAAUAACUGCUCUAUACGAACAACUGCCUACAUACAUUUUGGGAUGCGUCUCCAUCGGCAGGAUUGUUGAUAAAGGCUCCGCCAUCUGCCAAGCGACCAAGUCGAGGGGUGUCGCCACGAAUCAUUCAGGACUCAACAAGUGCUACGGGUUUGACGAUCCAUUAUAUAAAAGGAUCAAGGCCGAGAUCGAAGCCAUGCGGCAGCCCUCCAAUUUGGAGAAAGCGGACGAACAAAUCAUCAGGAAUUACAAAGGGGAAGACCGCCUGAAGAUCAUAAGACUCUCUUCUCACACCCUGAACAUGAGCAAUUGCUACGUCAAUCUUUCUAUUGUACUGCCUAAACAGCAGAACAAGCUACCUGAGAAUAUUUCCAGACAAAAUGAGCUCGAUACUUCACUUUUAUCAAGACUCAAUAUUCCCGAAUCUAGUGGUGAUUCUCAGAUCAGCCUCAGCCAGUUGUUUGAGCCGCGCAAAUUGCGAAAUGGCGGUACGGCGAGACCGCAGCGGAUCCUGAUUCGAGGCGUUCCCGGCGUUGGAAAAACGACCUUGUGCAAAAAGAUCGUUUAUGAUUUCGUAAACCAUCAACAAUGGCACGAUCAUUUCGAUCGGCUCCUUUGGAUUCCACUGCGAAAAUUGUCGACCUAUCAGAAAAAUUUCGACCUGCAAACACUCUUCUCCGAUGAGUACGACUCUUUCAUACAAGACCCACAUGAGAAACACGACCCAUCAAUCUGGGCAGCCCUGUGCAAACACAUAGCAGGCGAUGGUUCUUCUAGAACACUCUUCCUUCUUGAUGGGUUAGAUGAGAUUCAACCCCUUGUUUCUUCUACUGAUAGUGGUGACGGUCUUCAUCAGUUCCUCGAGCUUCUGUUAAAUGAACCCAAUGCCAUCGUUACAUCUCGACCAUCAGUCAAUCUCGCUGACUACCAAAGAUUCGAUGUCGAACUGGAGACUGUUGGGUUUCACAAACCACAGGUUGAGCAGUAUGUGAAGGAGGUGAUGAAAGAGGACAGGGAUCCAAAUCAAGCUUCGGAGAUCCUUAAAUUCCUCCAAAGCCGACCACUCAUCGAGGAUCUUGUUCGCAUACCAAUCCAACUCGACGCAUUAUGUUUCGCUUGGGAGGAUCGCUCUCAAAUUGAUCCCAAGACUAUGACCCAACUCUACGCAGCCAUCGAUGAGUCCUUGUCAAACAGAGUAAUUUCAGAUAUUAGCCAUGCCAAGUCGUCCCGCAGCUUCCUCGAGGCAUUAGCCUUCCACGGGUUGUACAAUCGACAGACAGUCUUUAACGAGAGAGACAUUCGCCUUGUUUGGAAGGAUCUUCUAUCAUUCGGAGGACUACCAAAUACAUUGACAAAGACAAGCCCUUUUCUUCGCUGGUCUGACACUGCGCUCCGGACAAAAGCUUGCAAUCUCUACUUCAUUCAUUUGACUUUCCAGGAAUACUUUGCGGCGCAAUACAUUCGAAGGCAUUGGGUUACCUCGAGUGCCCUCCAGGUCAUUGACACCCGAAGUGAGGUAAACAAGUCGCCAAAAAAGACAAUACCGCACUUGGAGUUCUUUCGCCAGCACAAAUACUCACCCCGAUACGACAUUGUCUGGCGCUUCCUUUCUGGACUUUUCGGUCUGGAGUUUCCCAGCACAACUACCCCCAAUGCGAACCCCGAUUUUCAAUCAGAACUUUUCCACGAAAUACAAGCAGAACCACUGGAUUUGGUUGGUUUUGCUCAUCAGCGACUUGUCUUGCGCUGUCUAUAUGAAACGGACCAGGAUUUUCCCUUGCGAUCAGGCCUCGAAAACCAACUAUCACGGUGGUUAGAAUUCCAGUACACGUAUCGAAAGAAUAGAUCUCUUGGUCAGGCCUCCCUACCAUCUCUAGCCCGAGAGAUGGAAUUUCCUAUGAGCAUCCUUUCAAAGUAUGUAUCGAAGGGUUUCGAUAUGGCCAAAUUUCUCUUGUUUGAGAUUCCUCGCCAGCGAACUUUGGAUGUUGAAUUUGUCAAUGCCUCUAUGGCUUACUUAUCCAAUUCCGAGAAGCAUGGCAAUAGCUGGUUUCUUCCUGUUUUGAAUCGUUUUCCUCCCACCUCGUAUUCUGAAUUAUCGGAAGAAAGUAUCUCUACCCUUACCGAACAGCUCGAAUCCAGAGACGAUUCCCUGCGCCGAAUAGUCAUGAAGGCGCUUAUCAAGCAGGAGCAUCUGCCAAAGUCCAUUUUCUCGAAAGUUGUCCAUCAUCUUUUGGAAGAAAUUCGGAUAGAAUGCUCUCUCUAUGGUCGAGGAAAUUCCGUAAGUCGGCUUGGACUGACCGACUUACCCGAUCACAUGCUUGAAGCGCUGGCAGAAAGGCUCAAUAACAAAGAUCCUGAUAUUCGAGGGACUGCUCUUCUCAUUCUAGAAAAUCAGGAGAACCUGCCAGAUUCCAUACUUUCCCAAGUGGAGAGAGAAUUUCAAAACUCACUUUUGACCCUUCAACCAACUACUUUCAAGCACCUGAUAAGCCAGCAACCUUUUCCCAACUCUUUAGUACAGGGGAUGAUAGAGAUUCUGGAAGAAAAGCGGUAUCCUAUUUCGAAAUCUCCUAUCCAAAAAGCUGCGUUGCGAGUUAUGGAUGUAUUCCCGGACUUUCUAGAUGCCGCAAUCGAAUCUGUGGUCGGGAUCCUUGAGUCACCUUGGAAGGGAAUACAGAUGGCUUGCAUAGAAGCAUUGAGGGCAAAGCCAAUGCUGCUAAAAUCAGCCCAAAGCAUCCCCUUAGGUGUACCGCAUGUAACAGACGUAUGCACCGCUGUCAGGAAGACCAAAGAUAUUUUGUCAGAAAUACCACACUCAAUCCAAACAGCUGUGGAAGCGAAGCUUAAUCACCCGGAACUCCGUGUCCAGUUGGCCGCAGUGGAUACCCUCAAGUAUUUCAAUCCGUCGGAUACCGUAUUUAAAGCAAUAUUACACAAACUUGAAGACAACGACGAAAGUGUUCGGCAUAAAGCAUCAUCUACGCUUUUACUACUCGAAAAGCUCCCCAAGUCCAUCUGGGUGGUAUUGGUAGCGAAUAUCAAUCACGCGAACCCACUUGUGCGUGCUAUUUCUCUUGAGACCUUAGCACGCCUUGAACUGGAUAACGUCGUGCUCGAAGCGAUUGCUAGGUAUUUGGAUCAUUCCGAAUUUGUUGAUGUCCAAUCGAAAGUGAUUCUCAUUCUUUUCGAGUACCCUAGUCAGUCAUCUUUAGCAUUUCAGGCUGUACAAAGACUGAUUAAGCGUCGAAUUGAGCUUGGAGAACCUUUCGAUGACCUUUUGUCGGCGUUGGAGGGCAAUCAUGGCUUACCAAUCGCGCUUGUUGAGUUCCUCUUCGAUCUAAUGUUAAAAGACAGAAAACUGGGAGACUCCGUCAUGUACGUUUUGCAAACGCAGUCGAGCCUUCCAGGUCACAUACUGCGUGCGAUAAUCGAGAUAUGCGCCUUUGAAAAGUCGACCGACAGGCUUCCCUCCAUCUCAAAUGGUCUGAAGUAUAUCAAGGCUAUUCAUCGACAAGAUCUGUCAAAUGAUGUCCUUCAAGCAGUAGCAAAGCUGCUCGGGAGUGAAUGCGAAAGUCUUUACGACUUCGCCUGUGGAAUAUUCGACAGACAGGAGACAUUGGAAACGGUGAUACAAGAUGAAAUAACCAAAUUCCUCAAAACUUCUGAACAGCGCUUUCGAGAAACUACGCUUGACGUUCUCUACCGACCAAUUCUAGCGCUUUCGACACUCAAAGAGAUAGCGAAGCUCCUUGAAUAUAAUGGACCGCACGUGCAAGUCAAAGCAAUCAAGAUCAUUGGCCUGUCAAAUGCAACUGAUGAGAUGCUUGAAGCGAUUGCGACAAAGAUUGAUGAUCAAAAUCCCGAAGUUCAAAUUGCGGCCAUCGAAGUCAUUAGCGAGUCAAAUGCAACUGACGAGAUCCUCCAACGGAUAGCGAGAAUCUUUAGGAAGACAUACAACGAUAACGUCCAAACCGCUGCUCUGAAGGCCCUGAAGAAGCAAGAAAGCGUACCUGGCUUUGUUUUGAACGAAAUUGCUAUGGCUUUGGUUGAACAGGGCACGCGUUUUAGAAAGUUCUUUGGCUUUUCUGUUGUGUCAGUCAUAAUCCGCAAUCCAAAUUGGGUUAGCAUAUUCGGAGAGAACAAUGCGCUUGCAUUGAUAUCCCAAGUUAUCUUACAGCAUUCUUUUGACUUGGGUUGUUUUUGUUUUCGUUUUGCAAACAGAAUAUAUUCUGCCAGCGAUGGUAGCGAGGAAGGGUACGACGUAGGGAGUCCAGAUUCGGCUCUCGCCAUCGCCAUGGAUACUGCUCUUAGGCAGGCUAGGGAAAGCUUCAAUCUUCCUAAGAUUGUAGAUGAUACGCCUAUUCAAUGA